AUGGUCUUUGGUCCAACUGGAAAUCGAAAAAUGGAAAUAUGUUGUGAUGAAUCACCCACUGAGAUGCUUUGGACUGAUUAUCAUUCUGUGGCCAAAUUUUGGAAAAGCUCGCGAGAAAUGUUUCAGACAGAGAUGACUUAUCCGGCUGUAAAUGAAUGCACCUUUUGUAUCGACCGCCUUGCUGUUCCUUGGGCACUUGUUACUCUAACCGCGUUUUUUGGACUCUGUUCUGUGCUUACUCUUUGUCGAUCAUGUCAUAAAAACUUUCGGGUGAUUGUGGCUAUUGGAAGGAUGGGAUGCCAAUGCUGGAGAUGGACGAAAAGGAAGACUGCUUACACAAGGGCGCGCACCAGAGAAAAAAGUCGAAAUAAAAGAGAAAGGUCCACACGUGAACGCUUCACACCCUAUGGCCAUAGAGGACGAACCGAAAUUCACUGCGUCUUCAAUCAACCUGCCAUACUCACUUUAUGGCGCGCGAGACAAUCUGAUGCAAUGAUGAUCCGAGAUGACAAAGAAACAAUAGAAGAAAGAAAACAAUUGGGGGCCGGGAAUGUCGCGAAAGGCGACAAUUAG